GGGACGCGGGGAGCGGGGUCCGCAUCACUUGCCUCUUGAGCCCGCUCGUGUCCCGCUCACUUAGAGUCUAGACAGCAGUUCAGCUUAAUCCAGUUAUCAGCGCGGAGCUGGAGCACCGGGCGGUCAUCAGCGACUGACAGUCACAGUUCGGACUAGUACAGAGUGGUGAGUGGCAGUGGACGGUCGGUGGUCUCGCGGUUGCUCUCAGCGUGAUGGAGCUGGAGGCAGUGUCCGGAUGGGGCCGCUGGCAGGCGCGUAUUGCACUGCUGCUUGCACUACCUGUGCUGCUCACCGGCAUGUAUGGCACCAACUACGUGUUCCUGGCAGCGCAUACACCCCACAGAUGCUACAUCCCGGAAUGUGAGGACAAUAGUACGCAGGCAGCAGCCGAAGAGUGGGCGCCUGACUGGGGCAUGUGGGCUCUGCACGCCGACGAGCCAUGCCGCCGCCCUCAGCCUCUUGACUCAGCCUGUCAGCAGCGCUCUUUCAACACCAGCUCGUUGCAGGACUGCGACGGGUUUGUGUACCAGCACCGCAGCAGCAUCGUGUCCGAGUUCGACCUGGCAUGUCAGGAGUGGAAGCGGACUUUGGUGGGCACCACGCACAACGUGGGCAUGCUGGUGUCGUUGCCCAUCAUGGGAUACGUCUCGGACAAAUGGGGAAGAAGAGCAGCGCUGCUGACGAGUGGAGUGGGCGCCGGUUUUCUUGGACUGUGCAAGUCGUUCGUGACUUCAUACCCGGCCUACCUCGUUAUGGAGUUUCUGGAGACUGUCUUCGGUGCUAGCGUCUACCCAGCAGCUUUUGUCCUAAUGAUUGAAUGGUUGGGAGUAGAACACAGAAUCUUAGCUAGCUUAUUGCUGGGCAUUCCAUUGUCUGCUGGUGCGGCUACACUGUCUCUCCUAGACUAUCUGACCGGCUACUGGAGAACGUGGGCACGUUUGGCGUAUCCACCUUCAUUCCUGCUACUACUGUACCCUUGGCUUCUGCCAGAAAGUAUCAGGUGGCUCAUCGCUAAUGGUAAAAUGCGCGAAGCAGUGAGUGUCAUCAAGAAAGCAGCGAGAGCGAACAAAAUAGCAGUGCCUGAAGAUACGUUGGAGAGAAUUCUAACGAAGGAUCGGGUUGUUGAUAAAGUGGAAGUGGUUGUCGAGGAGGAAAGCCUGUUCCGUGCUUUUAUCAGAUACGGCGCCCUGCGGCAGCGGCUGUGUGUUUGCUUCGCGUGGUGGGCUAGUGCGGUAUUCGUGUUCUACGGGCUGGCGGUUCGCUCGCACGCCCUGGCCGGAUCUGCGCACGCCAACUACGCCCUGUUGGCGGUGGCAGAGCUUCCAGCCCUGCUGCUCAACACGCUGCUUCUGGACCGCGCUGGUCGCCGCCCGCUGCUCACCUCCGCCUUCUUGCUGACAGCAGCCGCACUCAUCGCCAUUCCCUGCCUCCCUGACCAAGCCAGUGCGGUGGGCACGGCGCUAUUCCUAGCGGGAAAAGUUGGUGCCACGAUGGCUUUGAACGCGCUCUACGUGUACACUGCUGAGCUGUUCCCCACACGGGCCCGCCAGCGUCUCCUGGCUGCCUGCUCCACGUGCGGCCGCCUAGGGGCCAUCCUGGCGCCACAGGUGCCCCUGCUGGCCGCGUACCGCGCCUGGGUGCCUACUGCCGUUCUUGGUACGCUGCCGUUGCUGAGUGCAGCGCUGACACGUCUGGUGCCCGACACCCUGGGACGCCGGCUACCCGAUUCCUUCGCCGACCUGGAUUCCAGCGCUACCGACGUAUCCGAGCUGCCCUGACCACACCUCAUCAGCAGACAUGGAACGUUUUUAUCGUGAUAUUUAUUAGGCUUUACGGGUCCCGGUUGCUCGCAGACCGCGAUAUUAGUUAUUAAGUGCAACAGGUAGCUGUCAUAUAAACCUGUAAUGAAUGAAUGCUCAACAUUAGCAUGAAGCCUUAGAUUAUUAAUACGUCUAGAUUAGCCUGUAACAGCUGUGAAAACGUCGAAAAAAAUUCAGUUUGACAGUUAACCUCUGUUUUGAGCAAUACACGCACACUAAAAGAAAGUGACACAAAUUGCGUGUGUAAGACGUAGCUUGUCACGCACACUAAAGUUAUAAACCUGGCCUGUUUUCAUUGGAAGUAUAGCAGCAAAAGGCUAUAUUUAGACGUUUAACUUAUCUAAGGAUGAAGCUAUUAGGGUAAUGUUUUCCACUGGAAGCACAUGAAUUUCCUUAUGUUUCGUGAAUGUCAUUUAAUAAUAUUUAGCGAAUAUUUAGUGAGAAAAGUCAUCUGUUGCUUGGGUGACUCACUGUUAAUUAUAUAAAAAAUAAACAAUACACUACUUUAAAAUGCAGCUGCUGUUAAUUGUCUGUUGUGAGUCAUAAAUAAUUAAUGUGCUAAACAAAUACUAAGUAUGCAACAAAAAUAUAACUAUAUUUAUGAUUACAUAAUAUAAAACUAUCAUUAAGGGGAAGUGUACCAAGAAUACUGGCAGCAUUUCCACAUUGGAUAGCUAGGCCGAUCCGUUGACCGAAAUAGCCGCCAGCGCUUGGGUUUCCAGUAGCCCUUUUGAGGUGAAUAAAUAGUACUUUGUACAUUCGCCGCGCCUCUGGUCAAGUGAUUCGACACCAAACGGCACAAAGAUGUAAGACUCUCUGAGACCGACAUAUUUGCGACGUUUGCUGUCUUCGGCAGUCGAAGCACCAGCCCCAGCACCAACUUACGUAACUUGGACAUGCGAAGGAGCCAGAGUCCAUGCCCAAGCCACUAGGGUCAUUGAUAUCGCGGCGGAUAAUACCAUUUGGCUCUAAAACAGCUGGUAUAUUAAGAGCGGCAAAUGACUUGCGGAUGAUUUCAUUAAUGCUGGCGUGACGACUGUGAGUAGGAGAGUUAGUUACCUUAAACUAAGAAUGUAGGUACGUACAUAAUUUUAAAUAUUGAUUUGAUCAUAAUAAAAAAAGUGUGUAUGCACUUUCUUGCAUUCUUCUUUUCAUUCUUCAUGCUUUCUAUGCACUAUUCUUCUUUGGCCUAACGAAGGAAAAAUCAUUAAAAUGAUUUUAUUACUCGUGCUAUUCUACGUUUUUAGAAAGAACAAUUUUGUAAAAAUCUUGCAAUGUUGACUUUGAUGAUUAAUUAUUAAAUAAUGAAAACGGCCGUAUGGCCUUGAACCCUUUGCCUGUCCUAAUAAUGGAAGAAGAAACCAAAAAAAAAAAAUUACGAAUGACGCAAACGUCAGAAAAUUUCACUUCAACCUGUUACUUUUGUGUUACAGUGAUGCGCGCGCAUCUUAAAAUUUCACUCUCAUCAUUUUUUCAUAACGCGCCUAAAGAAGUAUAACUUCAAUUAGUACCGUCCUAAUAUGUUAUUCCCAGUUGGUUAUAAAUAAAUAGAUCUAAGGUGUUAUUUUUUUGUGGCCUUGUCGCUUUCCGGCCCAGUGCGAACAUCUCUUGAGUACAAGUAAAAUUAGUAGUGUAAUAGUGAAGGCGAAAUUAUAUUUUUAUUGAUUUAUUUUAAUAUUAAGCAUAAACACAAUGAGAUUAAAAUUAUAUUAAAAAAAUUACUUUUUGUGAUUGUUUAUCCCAGUUGUGAAAGAAUUCCCAAAAUAAACUAAUUGUUAAGGUAAGAUAGUCUCUCUAAUUAAAAUAAUACUGCAUAAAUAUACCUCUUACGUUUACAUUUAUAUAUGAUAAUAUUAUUAUACUAAUAAUAUCUAAAUAUUAAAUGUAUGCAUCUAUCCCUAUUCUUACGAUUAAAGGUACGGACAGACGUGCUCAAAAAAGCGUGCUUUUAAGUAUGCUUAAAGUUAGCAUGCUCAUGCAACUGUUCACAUUUGCCAGCAAUAAGCAUGCUUGCUUAAGCAUACUCAUAAAUAAGCAUGCUCAAAGCAAACGUACCGGACAGACGUGCUGCUAUUUGGCACCAGGCUCAUGGACAAAAUGGAUGUACAAAGAUAUAGUAACAGUGAUAUCCAUACAGACCUGUUCAGACAUGUAGGCGCGGGUAGAAGGGGGCGUGCUCCGAGCGCGUCUGAACAGGUUUGCUUAUUAGCAUGCUAUUAUCGAUUUGAUCUCGAUCCGCGGCGGGCGACUAUGAUUAUUUUAUUGAGUUCUGUAUGGAUAUCACUGUCACUAUAUCUUUGUACAUCCAUUUUGUCCAAGAGCCUGGUGCCAAAUAGCACAGUGCAGCACGUCUGUCCAGUACGUUUGCUUUGAGCAUGCUUAUUUAUGAGUAUGCUUAAGCAAGCAUGCUUAUUGCUGGCAAAUGUGAACAGUUGCAUGAGCAUGCUCACUUUAAGCAUACUUAAAAGCACGCUUUUUUUGAGCAAGUCUGUCCGUACCUUAAAGGUACGGACAGACGUGCUCAUUACUAGCACGAAAGCAUGCUAAACAUGCAAAACAGUAGCAUGCUCGAAAAUCAAACGUCGGUUGAUUUUUGAGCACGCUCUAAAUAAGUAUGCUCAUUACAGUACACACGUGCUACUAAUGAGCACAUGCUCAAUAAAAGCAUGCUUUCGUGCUAGUAAUGAGCACGUCUGUCCGUACCUUUAAGGCUGGGGACCGAACCAAAGCCCUUAAAGGCCUCGCACAAGAUGCCAUAGUUUUAAUUCAGAAUUAGAAGCAUUUUCAAAUUAUUACAAGCAUAAUACAAUUUUCUUUAAAAAAUUAACAAAGCUGUGUCAUCUUAAAUAGUAUUGGUAAACAGAAAAUAACUAUUCAUACAAUUUUUAUCUAGAUUGAAUGUUAAUACAUGGCUCCAUCUCUUAAAUAUUAAGGGUACUUUGUUGAUUUUUCAUUUCGCACUGUCUAUAAAAAUAGAAAUGUAAUGAAAAAAUUAAUUUUCUUCUCAUAUUCUGUAGAUAUAUAAUUAUUUUUUGUAAAAAUAAAAGCUUUAUGUAAAUCUUUAAGAAAUGGUUUCAAUUAUGCGAUGUUUUGGCGGUUGGGAUAGCGGCCUUAAACUAAAUAUAUUUAGGGAAAUCGACUUGUACCAUACUGUUUUUAGUUUUAGUUUGUAUUUUACAAAAAACGUUGUUGUAAUGUAAAAGUACAUAAUUAUAGAUUUAUUUUGUAAUACCAGCUUUAUAAGUUUAAUACAUAAUAAAACAUGCCGUGUCUAUUAACGACCGAUAUCUUUUUUAAAUCGCAAUCCUAAUUUGGCGAUCAGAGAUGGAUAGUUUGAAUAUUUUUGGUGAUAAAUUAUCCAGACGUCUAACGGCCUUUCCCAAUAUACUAUUUACAGAUAGAGAUAAAUUACUACCUUCUACUGUCAAUAAUCUGAAGCUGUCCCAAUAUACCCGAUAACUGAUAAGUCAUUCUUAUUGCCUUAUAUUGGGACGCGUGAAUUGCAAUUUCCAUACAAACUUCUAUCGCUGGUAAGCUAUACGUCGUCCCAUUGACAGACAGCGUAUACGGAUAAGGUGAGUUACCGUCGAUAAGUUUAUUGGGACAGAAAAGUUAACGAUAGUUACGAUUUUUAUCUCAAGUAAGAGAUAGACUGGAUAUUGGGAAUGGCCGUAAUUGAAUUUUUCUUACAUCAAUAUUUGUAUGAAUGUGACAGAUAUGCGUAUUCUAUACGGACCAUAUGUAUUUGGCAAUUAAGUCUGAGAUCUAUAAAGCGUACUCAGACUUUGCUCAGACUUUACUUACGUAAAACUUAGCUAAAAGCUUAUGAACAUAUUAUCAAGAAUAAAUUGAGAUGCCACAGUAAAA